AUGGAUAAAGCCAAUAAGACCACAGUGGAAGAGUUUAUUUUAUUGGCUUUUUCAGAUUUAUAUCAGCUCCAGAUCCUUCUGUUCAUUGUCACUUUGCUUGUCUAUAUCAUGUGUGUGUUUGGGAACUGUCUCAUUGUUAUUAUAGUUAGAGCUGAACCCUCACUUCAUACCCCAAUGUACUUUUUUAUUAGCACAUUAUCUACUCUGGAUAUAAUUUAUGUGUCUUUAGUUAUUCCCAAUCUUUUAGCUAACCUCAUUGCAGCUAAGAAGAGUAUAUCCUUCAAUGGAUGUUUCAUACAGUUAUUUGUCGGUGCUUCCUUAGGAACAGCAGAAGGUUACCUACUCGCAGUCAUGGCUUUUGACAGAUACCUGGCUAUUAACAAGCCCCUACAAUAUGUUUCUAUCAUGACUCGACAGGUCUGCGUGCAACUUGCACUUUUACCAUUCAUUGUUGGGAUUGUCAUUGCAUUAAUUCCCACUGUUUUUACAGCUGGAUUGGAAUUCUGUGGUCCUAAUGAAGUCCAUCAUUUCCUUUGUGAUUUUGGCCCUUUACAGGCCUUGGCUUGUUCUAGACCCUAUAUGAGCCAGAUGGUCACAAACUCUGGGGCAAUUUUUGCGUUUGGACUUCCUUUUGUCAUAACGGUUGGACUUUACAUCCAUAUCAUUAUCAUCAUUUCAAAUAUUAAAAGUUCUGAAUCUAAACGGAAAGCUUUCUCCACUUGCUCUUCCCACCUCACUGUAGCAGGACUGUUUUAUAUAACAACCAUCAUUGUGUAUGCCGUGCCAAAGGGUACCCAGUAUGACAAGUUCUUUGCCCUAAUAUAUACUGUUAUUACUCCUCUUUUGAAUCCCUUUAUUUACACCUUAAGGAAUAAGGAUGUAAAGAGAGCGCUCAUAAACUCAAGGAGGUUAAAGCUUUGUCAAGGAUCAUUCUAA